AUGAAUCUUAGGGAUCUCCAUUCCGAAAGUGAGGACGACGACGUAACAACCGGUUUAGCUGACGAAGACCGAGAAACUCUUAGGCCAACCAGGCAGCCGGUCGGCCUAGUUCGUGGUUAUGCUCCAGGUUGGAAGUCCCACGAUGCUUUCAGAGAAUAUUAUCAAAACUGGAUGGACGGUAUGGUCGAAAGUCGCAAAAUCUUACGGUCUCAAAUCAAUGUAUCUAUCAAUGAUACCGAAAAGGAAUGGGUUGCGCUAGCACGCCGUUCAGUUGGCCAUGAGCUACUAGGCUUCAUACGAUUCUCAAAACAAAAAGGUGAACUUGAACUUUCAAACUUCAAAGCUCGGCUGGAGCCAAAAGCCCUAAGUAUCGGGGAAACUUCAAAACGAAACAAUAAGAAUACCGCCGGGACCCACGGAGAGGGGUUUAAAGUUGCAUCGCUUGUGAUGGUACGGAAGGGGUACCAGGUUCGCUAUGAAGCAUCAAAAUACUAUUGGAGGUUUGUUCUUUGCGGCCAAAACAAACGCCAUCUCUACUACCAACUUUCGCCAAUAUCCGAGUCGAAGCUUACGAAGGCGAUGGCAAAAUACCGGGAGAACGUCAAUAUAGGAUGCCCACGAGGUACGGUAGCAAACAUGUGGGAAGAUGUCACGGUAAAAAUCGGCAAGGUAUAUGGGUCCAAGGCAUCCGGAGAGAAAAUUAAGUGGGAGAAAUUCCAAGAAUGGAUAAAGGUCUCUAUGGCAUUGGUCCCGCCUGUAACCUUGAUCAAAACACAAUAUGGCGACCUGGUUACUGACCCAGAAUUCUCCGGUCGCCUUUAUCUCAAAGGCUUGUUUCUUGAACACAAAAAGGAUCUUAAAUUUUCCUAUGAUUUGGCAAAAGGACACGUCAACCGCGACCGAGAAACCCUGGCAAGCACCGAAGAAGAGGCUAAGAAUUUCGCAGAAAUCUGGGGAGAAGCUAUUAGGCUUCAUAAAGGAGACGCCUUGAAGGAUUAUACGAAAAUGCUCAGGGAAGACGACGGCAAUAAAUGGGCCGAUGUCAAAUCUGCGGAACGCUAUAUUAUGAAAGAUGUGGCAACUACAAUCUGGGAGUACCUCAAAAAGUUAGGACCUGAUGUCUUCUUCUGCGAUGGCAAGGAAAUGGCAAAGGUCGCACAAAUCAUCAAAACGUCCCUUAAAAAGAAUCCGAUGCCGCUUCCUUCUUGCAUCUGGGAACCAUUGCGCAAAUUCGGCCUUGUAAGGACACCUAAUGAGCAUCGAAACUAUUUACUCCAGAAUGCCCCCGUUUCUCAGGUAGAGGAGACGACAUACUCAAUUGGGCUUCAGAGGGCCUUGCGAGCUGCGUUGGCGCUAAAUGUAAAGACCAGAAGCCUUAACCUGAUCUUCAAGAGCGGAGCCAAAGGACAAUUGGAUUUGUUAAUUGAUGGAGAUAAUCUCCUCCUCUACGACCACUGGCUUUGUUUUCAACAAAGCCAUGCAAAAUCUACUUGUCGGUUAUCACAGUUGGUAGCAAAGGUUGAUCAUUUCUCUUGCGACCACAUUAUUUCAGAGCUCUAUGGGAUGAUUCUCUCCGAGUUACAAAGUGUCAGCAAACUUGAACCAAUUUAUCAAGAUGAAGAUAACUCCUUAUGCCAGAUGGUUAGCGAGAACCUGCGGCACAUGCCAAGAAUGAUAAGAGUUGAGAAAACUCUAAAACCGGGAGAGUUGGCCGUUUCCUGGACAGAUCCAGAGAGCCAAAUGGCUUUUGAGCUUCAUGGUCUAGACUUGAAGUGCCAAGUCACAUUGCAUCGAGAGAGCACCUGUGCCGGGGAAAAGGUCGAGCUAUUAUGUAUAGAUGGUAUGAAUCCCUUCCAUGCUAAUGACAGCGCACAUUUUAACCAGCGCAUAGAGAAUAUCGAAGAAUCGGCCAUAGAGAACUCUGCCAACGGUGAUUUAAGACAUUUCUCUGAAUGCGGUUGCCCAAGCAGGCUGGUAAUUCAAAAAUCAGGGACAACAACCUUUUGCGACCUUUCUACUGACGAAGCAUAUUUUCCUAUGGUAGUAACAGCCCGCGGCAAAUCGUUCUUUGGGUUGCCUCCGGAUGCCAUCAAGCCAGCCCCACGGGUUGAACAAAUUUCCCAAGAGCCUCCCAAGACACCUACGCCUAACCCCCAAGUUGAUACGGAUGGUUUAUAUGACGCUACACCUCCGAAAUCGCGGAAAAUACGGCCGCGGUUUGGUAGCCGGACUCGCCCAAAGAAGUUUGCGCCUACUCCAAGAAAACCCACCGCUAAUCAAGCCACUGUUGAAGAUUUCAUAGAAGGUAUGCACGAAGGCCCCAACCACGAUUCUGACAAUGAGUCCGAUAACGGGGUUGUCGCUGGCCCAGUUCCCACUGGCGAGGUUCACAAUGUGGAAAAUAAAAGCGAUGAUGGGACAGAAGAAGUUGCUCGUCUCAACAUGGGUCGUGUACGCCGUAUUAAACAGCAGCUGGCGCACAAAGAGGAUCAGCUUAACUCUACCUCCAACGAGCUCGCGAGUAGGACAACGGAGCUUAACGAGGCAUUAGACUGCUUAGAAGGAAUGAAGGUACAAAUUCGUGCGCUGGAGGCGGAGUUUGGAAUACAGAAACAACGACUCGAGAGCACCAUCGAAGACCUGGGCGAGGAAAAUAGGCAGAUGCACGACGCACAAGCUGAAAGUAUAACUCGUGUUGAGCAGCUUUUGGCAACAGUUGAAAACUUACGCAACGAUAUGCAACAGCUUCAGGAAGGAAAGCUCCAGGUUAUGGCUGACCAUCACGAGUUUGUAAGAGCAACCCAAGAAAACCGCGCCACUAGCGAACCUCAAGAAGUUUCCUCACAAGGUCUCCCAAUUCAAACCUCGCACGCCGAUAUGGAAGUUCUCCGUCAAUCAAACGAUGCGUUGAGAUCCGAAAUCCACAGCGCUCAGACAGACCGCGCAAGCCUGGUUACAACGCUCAAUGGUGCCUUGGCUAUGCUUCAAGGGGUGCUAAGCCUAGGCUCUAGAGAAGCAAUGGUGGGUAUGCUUCAAGGCGUUAUUACCAUGGUCCAAGCAAUGUUGGCCAUGGCAAAUAGAGAAUCGUCUCCGCCUUUAGUCAGUCGGCCUAAACGGGCUAGAGUUAAAGACGAGAAUGGGGUUGAUGUGCCAGGAGAAAAGAAUGCAAAGAGGGUUCGGAUUGGGAGAGGUAAUGGUUUUUAG